CGCGAAAUUCCAUUCUCUCAAAUAACAUUAACAGAACCAGUUGGCUCUGUCAGACAACGCUAGUAGCACCGGACACUGAAUUUAAUACAAUAGUCAACACACCCAAUAUUGUUCAACAUAGGUUCAAGAGCAAGAAAGAACGUUACAGAAAUAAAAUAGACAUUGCAAUUGUAUAAUGACUCUAGUCAAAACUUUUUGGACACCAAUUGUGGUAUAUCCUGAUGUUAAAACAGGAUGUAAAUUUGUUGCAGCUUACACUAUAGCGAUAUCAAUAUUCUUAAUGGCAUUAAUUGUUCAUAUGCAAAACGGAGGUGAAUCUACACAAAUGUAUAAUCCCUUUUUUGAAACAAACUUAAAUGAAUUAAAUUCCUAUGUUGUUUUUACACUACUUUUCUUGGCCUAUAUGAUUGGUUCAUCUUUAUUGGUGUUGAAAGGAUUAAAAAAUAAUUUGCGUGGUUUCUUAUUGCCGUGGUUGAUUGGAAUGGGAUUUGUUGUCAUAUUCCUGCUAUUGUGGUCAAUUUGGUUGCUGUACGGAUAUUACAUCUAUAUACGUAUUGUUUGUGCUGCUGUGAUCUAUUGGAUUGUGGCUGCUAUGCAGUUCUAUUGUUGGUUAUGUGUUUACACACAGUACAGAAUUAUCUAUGAAAUGCAAUCUCCAAAUAUUGAACUCCUCAUGUUUUAAUUAAAUUAUACUAUGAUCAAUUUUUAGACAUCUUAGACUAUUUUUAUUUUUUUGUAUACUGCUUUGAAUUUUCUCAAAGGAAGUUUUCUUAAACUUAUAUGUGACAUUUAUAUUCUUUUUGAUAAAUCACUUGUAUCAAGACUGCCAUUAUUUUUAAGCCUAUGAACAUUCUUUUUAUUGUUCAUUGAAUUAAUAAACUAAUUUAUUCCGUCCUAUUUUUCUCCCUAAUUGUGCCUUAAAAUAAAUUGCUUAAAGCAUUAUAAUUUAAUUAAAAAUAUUUAUUAAGUACCAUUGUAUUAAUCACUAUUGAUAUAUCUAAUAUUUAGUAUUCGUAUUAAGUUCAAAAAAUUAAAAUAUAAGUUAUUUAUUUUUUUUGUAAUAAAUUAGAGCCGUAUUUUGUAUAUGUAUGUAUUAUUUUUAUAACCUUAAUUGAAUCUUUUGAUAAAUCAAAAAUAUUAGUUUGAUUUACGUUAUAAAAAUAAACUAUUAUUACUGCUAUUAUCCUUUUUAUAAUUAAUUUAGUAAAAAAAAUGUUUAAAUGAAUAUUAUUAGAUAUAAGUGUAUCUAAAUUAUCUAUGAGUUUUAUUAAAAAAAUUAUAUAAUAUGCUUUUUACAACUAAAUAAAUUUACUAUUUAAUGUUACUUUGUUUAUUUACAAUAAUAUUACAACAUUCUUUUAAGUUGUAAUUUGUUUUUUAUAAAAUCAAAGUAGUGUUUCAGUUAUAGUAACCUUUAAUCACAUUCUGUUAAAAAAUAAAAGAACAUUUUUAUUUUAUGCUUA